AGUAUUAAUGAAGCUUUAUAGUAUAUGCACAAUGUCGUUAUAAUAAUAUUUACUGUAAGAAAUCGUGACAUUAUAAAAGACUCCAUUUAGUAUCCAUUUUGUUCUACAAAACAAAGCUUACAUAUUAUUAAUGAUUACUGUAGUAAUAUUUUCGAUUUUCUUUCUACAGUAACGAAUGCGAUGACGAGUGACUUUUUAAAAUUUUAGUCAUUUAAAAUUAUGUAUAAGGCUGAGAUCUCCAUUGUAUGAGUGGGUAUGAUCAAAUUUGACGAGGCAAACACAUGUGAUGCAAUGACUAAUGACUAUCAACAUCAGUUAGUUCGAGAAACUGUUGUCAAGGGUCUGGUUAAUAUCAAAAUUUUGUAAGCAGAUAUGAAGUGACUAUCACUGUUGGACUGUUGGAUGUGUGUGUGUGUGUGUGUGUGUGUGUUUGUGUGUGAACUUGACUUCUUGUAAGCAAACUCUGUAUGAUGAGUUGAGUAUAAUUAUCUGUACAAUUAUCGUAAUGAGAAUGUUAUUUUGAAUUUUAUAUUUUGUAGCAAGUUCUUUUUUUGGAAUUAAGAAAGUCUUCUUGUGUUUACAGAUGGUUGACUUGUGGUUGUCAUACUCUGCACGAUGAUGGGUUCAAUGGAUACUCAAUUUAUAACGGAAACAACUGCUACACCUUUCUCUUAAUUCAAUUUUUAUUUGUUUGCAUGAGUGAAAUCCAUACAAAUUUAUGUGCCACCAUCUGGCCACCGAUUUGUCUUUUAAUACGCAUAAUUCAUGUAUCAUUAUUGAAAUUACAUCAGUAUUUAUGUCCAAAAAAAAAUGAUACACGUAACAGUAUAGAUUUAUUUAAAAGUUUUAUAAUUCAUGUAAAAUUAAAUAUUCCUAAAUGUUUAGGUUAUAUUGUCAACAUAGAAUUGCAGAAAAACUUUCCAAAAAUGUAUAUAAAUAAUUGUGCAUGCUAUUCAUCGUAUAUGCUUGGAGUAAACUUCGUUGUCAUCUCUUGUGUUACAGGAGAUAAAGUUAAGCAUCUAUGGGAGAACCUUCGUAAAGCCUUUGUACGAGACCAUAAAAAGGUUAUUGCUGGGCAUGCAUCAUCAUACUACUUGUAUAAUGAUAUGAUCUUUUUGGAAUCAUACGUUGCACAUAAACGAAAAUUGAACACAAACAAUGACUCUAAUGUCGCUGCUGGAUCAGAACAACAACCGCUACCUUCUAGUAAUGACAGCAGCAAUGGUAAUUUGACUUUCGAGGAUGUAUUAUCGUUGUACAAGAAGUAUAAAUCUAGUGGAAAUUCAAAUGAGAAAUCUAAUCAACUCGUAUCAAGUGUCAAUCAAUCAGCUGUUGAUCAAGGUUUAAAAUAAAAGCAUUCUUCAUAAAAUGUAACUCCUGAAUGUGAAACUUUUCAACGUACCAUUAUGCCAGAAAAGGAUCAAUUUGCGAAAAGGAAUAUCUCAGUGCAAUCUAACUUGGAAAAAAAUGUUGUCAAAACCAUUGAAAAAGCUGGACAAGUUAUUGAAGAUUUAUGCAAGGAGGAUGAUGUUGAUGACAUUUACAUAUAAUCAAUUUCAGAAGCUUUGAAAUCAGUCCCACAAGAACGUAUA